UAAGUUUGAAACAACUUGUUAGAAUUGUUGGAGCUUAAAAGUUCCAAUUCCAAGCAUCUUUGGACUGCGCUUUCACAACAAUCCUGUGAAUUUCUGUCAUGUCACUGUUACGGCCCUGGGCCGCUGCACUCCUCCUCUGCCACAUUUGUAUUAGGUACAGCUGCGUGCUGAUCCUGCAUCUUCAUCCGUUCCACCUCCAUGUUCUUGCCCUGCUCAGAACCCCUGGAGCUGAGGUUGGAUUGGACCAUUCUGAACUACUGCAGUGCCAGGAGGACUUCAAAAGGCUCAUUCAUGCCAGCAUUUGGGGCAGUUCUAGUUAGUAGAGGUUGAGCUGCCUGGUGUUUCUGUGAAUAUUUGUGAACUUUUGUGCCUGUGGUUAGAAUGUGUAUGGAGGUAAAUACUUUGACUUGAAUGGAAACACUAGUAGAGAAUUCUUUGUUAGCUUUCAGUUAGGUGUGCUGCUGCUGUGUAUUUUAGUUUAGAGUUUUCUUGGUUUUGGUCAUCUUUUGUUUUCAUUCAGUUGUCAUAUCAACUUCUGAGCGAAGUUCACUUUCUGUUAUGUUUGUUUUGUUUCAGCAGCAUCCAUUCCCUUUUAACCCUGUAGUUUCUCAGACAUCUAUGAUGUGCAGGUGAAGAAGUCUUGUUUGCAUCAUAAUAAGUUUAUUACAACAAAGACCAGCAUCUGAUCAGGCACCAUGGACUGUCCAGGAGUCUGAUUCAGAACCAAAAUGAGUCUCUCCCUGAACUACAAUCUGAACUCACUUAUGUAGGUUUGUGUUUGUUUGUUUACUGUUAGUAACAGAGCCCCACUGACCGGACAAAGAGUCAGAUCGAUCAACUCUCCAGACAUAGGGACCCCUUCUACAUCAACAUCAUCAAGUUAUCUAAACAUCCCAGAACCUACACAAACACAUUCCAUACUUUAGAUAAUAUAAAUGACGUGUCUCAGGUCAGAUACUACAACCCUCUUACUUUUUUGUAGUUUUGUGAACAUGCCCCUUUCAAAAUAAAUCCCCCUUUGUCAUUCUGGAACUCAGCAUUGUUUCACUUUCUUCUUGUUACCGUCCGGCUUCCCUAGACAGCUGGAUCGUAUCAGUCACAUUGAGAGAGAUGGCAGUAUUUCCUGGACAUUAUUUAACUGUGGUGCCACAUCAUAAUUUCAACACUUAGCAACACUUUUUACAAAUAUUUAUUUCAUUUUUAUUAUUCUUAUUUCCUCUUUUUUACAUUUAUUUAUUUAUUUAUAUAUUUAUUUAUUUAGCUAUUUGCAUUGGAAAAAUCUUCACCUUCAACUGAAUAAAAAUAAAUGAUUCCAAAGGUCUGUGUAACAAAAUAUUAAGUUCAGGGAACCAUCAUUUUUGUCCAGCCUGUUUCAUGGAUUUACUUUUUAAAAUCAUUCUUUUAAACCACGGUUCAAAAGCAAUGUCUGAUUUUCAUUGGUUAAUUUUCAUAGAAUUUUUAUUUAUUAUUACUUUUGUCAGAUUCAGAUUAUUUCUGUGACCAUUGUGGGUUUUUCUUUUAUUAACCGAGGGGUACCAACAAUUUUCUCCAUGUGUGUAUAUGAUUUUACCAAAUAUUUCAUCAUUUUUGAAAAUGGUUUUUCUUUUUUACAUUUUUUGCUCCAUAUUCAUCAAUAAUAGGUCAUAAACUAUUAAAGGCUUGAAUGGCUCAGCUUACACAUCAAUGGUACCGUUUUUAUUCCAUGUUUACUUUGUUGUUUGCUAACUCUACUCUAAUCACAGUAACAGGGUUGCAAAUCCAUGCUAAUGUUCAUUUUUUUUCUCAGGAGCAGAAGCUAGAUAUUUAGAAAGCUGUUACUGCUGACCAAGAGGACAAAUGUACUGAUGGAAAAAGUAAAGAAAAAAAUAAAAAUAAUUUGUCUUUUCCUGAUAAUAUGCAAAAUAGGGUUGCAUGAGGUAGAAUGAGACAUUCAAUCAAAGCUGACAGUGUUACGAAAAUAUGACAAAUAGAAGAGAGAACAUAGCUUUGCUCUAUCCAUUCUUUAGGAAAACUGUUUAACGAUGUUAAUUGCAGCAUUUCAUGUGAUUCACUGUUUUCUUCUUCUAGCAGCUAAAAAGGUUGUGCUAACAGGGUUGUUUUGGGACACAUGUUCCAUGCAUAAUAAUUAUUAUUUCAAAAUAUUGUGUUAAUUUAAACAAAUGUUCCCACAAUUCCAAGAGACAUCAAUGAAAAAAAAUAACACCAAGGAGAUUUGAGUUUAAUUUUAAUAAUUUUAUUUGAGAUUCAUUUGGUCAUCAGAGAGGUGGGACAAGAGAAAAAUGGCAUUUUAGGGGGAACUCCAGAUUUAUUUGUUGUUGUUGUUGUUUUUUUUAAUAUUUUCAAACAUUCUUUUCUCCUAGUUUUUUAGUUUAAGAUUUGGUCUCAGGACAAGAACAUUUACACAACAGCUUCAUGUUUUAGUAUUUUGUACAUGGAUUGUUUGAAUUUUGCUGUGUGGGACGUAAAAUGUCCUCCAGUUCUGGAAUGACUCGUUUAAAACUGUGUGCAGAUCAUCGUUGUUUGGUGUGAAGACAGCAGACUCAUCAGAGAUCAUUUCUCCACUAGAUGUCAUUUCAUUGUUUUAACCUGAAGCAUCACAGCUGAUUUUGAGUCUGUUCACAGCAGCUUGAAUCUCUGUGAAAGACUUAUUUUGAAGCAUUCACAUUUAUCAGCUGUUUUACAUCCAGAAUACUGCUAGAAACAGUGAACUGUGUAAAAAGAAACAUUUCAUGUUCAUCUAUUUGUGUAUUUAUUUCGUUUUUCCUCUGCAGUCUUGCUGUCGAUCAGAAUCUGUUCAUAGUUUCUUUUUGAAGAAUGCAAAAAAAUAACAUUUCUGCUUGAAACUGUGUGAUCAGAGAGAGAUGGAAAAGGAUGAACACGGCGGAACAAAAAACUGUUAACUCAGUGUUUCUACCGGAGCUUUACAGUGUGACACCAGGCAAAAUAAACAAAAGAAAAUCCUCCGACAGCGUCAGUUUUCCUGAUGUGUGGACUGAGCUGGAGGACGGUUGUUUUGUCUCAGAUGAAUAUUUGAUCAGAUGAAGUAAAGAUGAGUUCAGUCCAGAAUCUGAGAGAGUUGAUCAACCAGCGACUAACUGCUGCUGCUGAAGAAAUAUUCACAGAGUUUGAGAAAACCAUCGUCCAGUACGAGGAGGAGAUCGAUCGUCAGCGCAGACUGCUGGAUAACAUCUGGAAACCACAGAUAACACAACACACAGCAGGUCUCCCACAGCAACAUGUCUGUAAGGAGGAGAAGGUUCUCACUGGCAACCAGCUCAACCACCAGGAGAUGAUAUCCAGUCUGGACACAGAGCCUCCACAGAUUAAAGAGGAGCAGGAGGAACUCUGCAACAGCCUGGAGAGUCAGCAACUUGCACCAAGUCAGGAGACACAUGCCUUUAUGCUGGUUCAGUGCAAGUCCAAAUGUAGAGAAUUGUCCGGAGAAAUAUUCAGAGUCUUUGAAAAAACUCUUGUGCAGUAUGAGGAAAAGUUUUAUCAUCAGCGUCGACUGCUGGAUGUCAUCUGGACACCCCAAAUGAAGUUACAAUCAGUGGAGCUCACACAGCAACAUGUCUGCAUUGAGGAAGACGUUGUCACUGAGCAGCAACUCUGCAAUCAGGAAAUGAAGUCCAGUCUGGACCACGAGGACUCAAAGCCUCCACAGAUAAAAGAGGAACAGGAAGAAAUCUGCACCAGUGUUUUCCAGGAGGACACAGAGUUUGUGCAGAUUAAAGAGGAACAGGAGGAACUCUGCACCAGUGUGGACAUGGAAGAACCAAAUACUUCAUCAAUUAAAGAAGAACAGGAGGAACUCUGCACCAGUGCAGACAUGGAAGAGCAAGAAGUUCCACAGAUUAAAGAGGAACAGGAUGAAGUCUGUACCAGUCAGGAGGGAGAGCAGCUUGUAUUGAAGCAGAAGAUUGAUAUCUUUGUUGUCAUUCCUAUUUGUGAGGAAAGUGAUCAAAAUAGGAGAAACAGCAGUCACAGUAAAACUGUAGACAAUUCUGUAAUGUCAGAGGGUCAGUUUAAUACUGACAGCACAGAGGAAAAAUCUGUAAAAUGUGGCAUUUGCGGAAAAACUUUUAAGUCUAGGUGCUCUUUAAAGAAACAUCACCUUAGUCACACGAGUGAGAGGCCAUACUCUUGUGGCAUCUGUGGAAAACCCUUUAAGUCUCGGUGCUAUUUAAAGAAACAUCAGCUUUGUCACACAAGUGAGAAGCCGUACACUUGUGAAACAUGUGGGAAAUGUUUUAAUCGCAGUGGUAGUUUGAAAGUCCACAUGGUAUCACACACAGGUGAGAAACAAUAUCGUUGCGACAUAUGUGGAAAAAAUUUCACUUUAAGUCGCAGCUUAAAAGUCCACAAGCGACUCCAUACAGGUGAGAAGCCAUAUUCUUGUGAAACUUGUGGAAAAAGUUUCGCCUUAAGUUUUGGUUUGAAACUCCAUAUGAGAAGCCACACAGGUGAGAAGCCGUUUUCUUGCAAAUCAUGUGGAAGAAGUUUCAGUCGACAUGGUACUUUGUUGCGACACAUGAGAACUCACACAGAUAGGUCAGAAUCCACAAAUAUUUUGGAGAAUUAAGUUUGAAACAACUUGUUAGAAUUGUUGGAGCUUAAAAGUUCCAAUUCCAAGCAUCUUUGGACUGCGCUUUCACAACAAUCCUGUGAAUUUCUGUCAUGUCACUGUUACGGCCCUGGGCCGCUGCACUCCUCCUCUGCCACAUUUGUAUUAGGUACAGCUGCGUGCUGAUCCUGCAUCUUCAUCUGUUCCACCUCCAUGUUCUUGUCCUGCUCACAACCCCUGGAGCUGAGGUUGGAUUGGACCAUUCUGAACUACUGCAGUGCCAGGAGGACUUCAAAAGGCUCAUUCAUGCCAGCAUUUGGGGCAGUUCUAGUUAGUAGAGGUUGAGCUGCCUGGUGUUUCUGUGAACAUUUGUGAACCUUUGUGACUGUGGUUAGAAUGUGUAUGGAGGUAAAAGCUUUGACUUGAAUGGAAACACUAGUAGAGAAUUCUUUGUUAGCUUUCAGUUAGGUGUGCUGCUGCUGUGUAGUUUGGUUUAGAGUCUUCUUGAUUUUGGUCAUCUUUUGUUUUCAUUCAGUUGUCAUAUCAACUUCUGAGCGAAGUUCACUUUCUGUUAUGUUUGUUUUGUUUCAGCAGCACCCAUUCCCUUUUAACCCUGUAGUUUCUCGGACAUCUAUGAUGUGCAGGUGAAGAAGUCUUGUUUGCAUCAUAAUAAGUUUAUUACAACAAAGACCAGCAUCUGAUCAGGCACCAUGGACUGUCCAGGAGUCUGAUUCAGAACCAAAAUGAGUCUCUCCCUGAACUACAAUCUGAACUCACUUACAUAGGUUUGUGUUUGUUUGUUUACUGUUAGUAACAGAGCCCCACUGACCGGACAAAGAGUCAGAUCGAUCAACUCUCCAGACAUAGGGACCCCUUCUACAUCAACAUCAUCAAGUUAUCUAAACAUCCCAGAACCUACACAAACACAUUCCAUACUUUAGAUAAUAUAAAUGACGUGUCUCAGGUCAGAUACUACAACCCUCUUACUUUUUUGUAGUUUUGUGAACAUGCCCCUUUCAAAAUAAAUCCCCCUCUGUCAUUCUGGAACUCAGCAUUGUUUCACUUUCUUCUUGUUACCGUCCGGCUUCCCUAGACAGCUGGAUCGUAUCAGUCACACUGAGAGAGAUGGCAGUAUUUCCUGGACAUUGAUGAAUUGUGGCGCCACAUCAUAAUUUCAACGCUUAGCAACACUUUUUACAAAUAUUUAUUUCAUUUUUAUUAUUCCUUUUUUCUCUUUUUUACAUUUAUUUAUUUAUUUAUAUAUUUAUUUAUUUAGUUAUUUGCAUUGGAAAAAUCUUCACCUGAAUAAAAAUAUAAUGAUUCCAAAGGUCUGUGUAACAAAAUAUUAAGGUAAGGGUACCAUCAUUUUUGUCCAGCCUGUUUCAUGAGUUUAUUUUUUAAAAUAAUUUUGUUAAACCACGGUUCAAAAGCAAUGUCUGAUUUUCACUGGUUAAUUUUCUUAGAAUUUUUAUUUAUUAUCACUUUUGUCAGAUUCCGAUUAUUUCUAUGACCAUUGUGGGUUUUUCGUUUAUUAACCGAGGGGUACCAACAAUUUUCUCCAUGUGUGUAUAUGAUUUUACCAAAUAUUUCAUCAUUUUUGAAAAAUAAACCUUCUCUUUUACAUUUUUUUUGCUCCAUAUUCAUCAAUAAUAGGUCAUAAACUAUUAAAGGCUUGAUUGGCUCAGCUUACA